GCUUAGGUUCACAUCAUGCCACCAGCGUGCGCUGUUCUGCACUUGGCCUUUGUCCACGAUGAUUGAUGAAGGACAUGCACGAGGCAGAUGACGAAGUUCUGGAUUGGCAAGCGGAGAUUCCCCAAGGAGACGUGCUGCCGAUUCUCGCUGUCACGUCUGCCAACUACAGGCCCGUGUUUUCCUUCUGGGAGUCGUCGCUCCGGACCUUGGGCUAUCCCAGGCAGAAGAUCCACGUGGUGGACCUCGGCGAGCUGGCGCCGCCCUUCGGGUACUGCACGGACUCCUGGCGCUGUGCCAUUGACCGGCAGCUGGCGGAGGUAGUCAAGUGGAUCACUUCGCACCCGGGCGAAUACUUCAUCCACACCGACACAGACAUCCAAUUCUUCCCGGAGUUCGUGCACCUGCAGCGGGAGUGGCUGCAGUGGAUGCAGGACGAGCGCCUGGACAUCAUCUUUAUGCGUGAGCGCACCGAGGUGGUGCCGGACAUGCGGCGGGGCGAAGUGAACGCGGGCUUUUGCGUGGUGCACUGCAACGAGAGGACUAGGCGCUUCUGGCAGCGAGUGCUCGAUGAGGAGCAGGCAUAUCCCAAGAUGGACGGGUACCCGCCCUACACGGACCAGUUCCACCUGAACCGCGGCCUCGGGCAUCGGUUGGGGAUCUUCCCACAGGAGGGCGCCUUCGGAGUGCGCUGGGCUACCAUCCCUGACUGCCAGUGUAUCUGGGGCACAGCGCGAUUGGAGGAGGUGCCGCUCGCAGCCUUCCACCACGCCGUGAACACGCCGGAUAAGGCGGCGCUCUUAAAGUCCGUGCGCCGGCAGGUGCGAAGGGCGCAGCCGCUCUGCACGGCCAAGGUGGCCGGGGCUGAUGUUGGCGUUGCAGCUGAGCCAGGCUUGGCGCAGCAGAUCGACCGGUUGGCGGAUGCGGUGGCAGGCCUGCGGCGCUCAGGCGCUGCGCUCGGGGCUUCACAGUGUGACGUGGCCCUGCGGAGGCUACUGGUGGAGGUCCAGGCGCUGGCCAAGAGUUGCGCCCAGUGCGGCCUCCUGGAGCCUUGGCGGGCGCUCAGGUGGCGUUGCGACGAUGGCCAGGGAUACUGCCAGAGCUGCUGGCGGGAAUGGUGUGCCAAGCAAGAUGGUGCCAGGACCCAUUACUGCGGCACCUGGGUUGAUGCCGAGCACGCGCCCGCGCAAGAAAAGACGGCUCCGGCUGCCUCGGGGGCGGGGCGGGGUUCGACGAAUUCCGUCGCCAACGGAAAGGGCGCAAAGCGUGGCGGAAGGCUUAAAGGAUUCGUCUCGGCGAGAUCCGGGGCCGACGUAGACUUCAAGAUAAGGCCAUCGGCGCCGAGAGACGCGCGCUACCCGGAGCAGCGCCAGCCGGGGCCCCAGCGGUUGGGGGUGGUGGGGCUCCGAGGAUGCCAGCACGGUGAGCCAAAGGACCUAGGUUGUGGCAUGGGCGAGGUUGAGAGCCGAGGGUGCUAA